GGAGUCCUCAGCCCCCGCUCUGCCUUUACUCCGCCCCUACGCUCUCGCCUACUUGAAUAAGGAGUCAUCUCUUCAAGCUAACCAUCUCAUCCAUUGUCUCUUUUCUAAAAACAUACCUAAUCGAAAUAUAUUGCGAAUAUCGACGAUCCAUAGCCAUGGCGGAAGCAUUCGGUGUUGUUGCGAGCGGUAUCGCCGUUGCGCAAGUAGCCGGCACCGCUGCGGGAGCUGUUAUAAAGCUCAAGCGACUAUGGGAGGAAGUAAAGAAUGUCCCCGAAAACAUAGCGGACCUGAUGGAACAGAUUGACUGUCUGGACCCGGCCCUCUGGGAAGCCGAGCAGCACUUCAUCCAGAAUCAGCUUCCUCCUCAGCUCUGGGACGAUACGGCGGCGGUACGAAGUGCGAAGUAUUGCCGCAAGGCUCUGCAGAAUUUGACCGACGUAGCUGAAGAUUUGGCUUCUCAAGUUAACUCCAAGAAAAAAGUCGAGCGUGGGAUAUCACGUGUGAAGGUUAUAUUGAAGAAAGGCUGUCUGCACAACCUUGAACGACGUCUCGGGACUGCUGUGAGAAUGCUUGAGUCUGCCCAGCUAGGAUACAUUGUCACACUCGUGAAACUACAGCCCGACAUCGUAGCUUGCAAAGUCGUGUCGCACCUAGAAAACAUGCGACGACCGAACAGCCUCAUUGGUACUGACUUAGAGAUAAACGACAAGGAGGCCGAACGUCGAAGAAGCUCAGCUGAUCCCAAGCCUCGGGGCAUCGACGACGAGAGGAUUCCAAGGAAGAGAGAAUUGACGGCCUGGAGAAAAUCGUCUGCGUUUGGCUAUGUGGAUUUUACCUCGACACAAGGGGGCUUUGUCGUUGAUACCCGGCCCCCAUGGUGGCUUUCCGGCAUGCUGCGUGCGUGGUCAUUCAAUGUGGCCAAAUCGUACUCAAGCUGGAAAUUUCAUAUACGAAGCUAUUCUAUUAGACCAGAAGAAUCAUUGAUUUUCGAUGCGGCGGGAAGAGAUGAUGUACAGGCGCUUCAAGCAAUGUUUGACUCAGGAGAAGCAUCGCCUUUUGACCGCAGACCCGAUGGUAUAGGUAUAUUACGCGUAGCUACAAUUUAUAGGUCAUUGAAAGUUCUCAGGCUCUUGAAAGAUAUGUGCCUUGAUAUAGACUUCCCAGAUUACCACAAUCGCACAGCGAACGCAACUACCCCCUGGAACGACGCCGUUGACUCCAAAAAGCUCUCGGAGUUUGCUUGGUUGAUGACAUCAAGACUCUACGUAGCCAGGGACUUUGAAGACUGCCGAGAUCGCUGUAGAUGCAUCUUGAUGUCAGAUGUGGAAACAUUCCAAAAGCUACGAGCCAUUACCUGCCCGGCUCACGACAUGACGCCUUUAAGUACUCGACUCUGGCAGGCCAGGAACUUUGUGAUGGUCGUAUCUCCAUUGAAAUUUGAAGUUUUCCGACAAAUCCUCAGCCCGGAUUUGAACGAAGACCUUGCUGCAGUAUGCGGAUUCGAAUGUAAUGGCUGGCCAAGUCUAAUCCACAUCACUGCAAUGGCUAUCUCAGGACUUGAUAUACCCCUCAAUGAACCCCAACAGUGGCUAGGAGACGAAAUUGAAAGUUGGAUUGAUUUUACUCGAAGUGUCGUACAAAGGUCAAAUCUACACUUGGAUACAAUUCAAUGGCUGCGAGAUGUCUGGGGAGGACAACACUGGGUACCGUUGACGCCUCUGGUUUACAUGAUACUUUGGCGACCUUUCACCAUUCGUGUCACGCAUAUAAGGAGGGGUCAAUUUGAAAAUAUCGUCCGGACAGGACUUCGAAGAUGGCUUCUUAUCUUGAAAAGAACCGGCAGAGAUCUCAUAGAAUAUGGACGCGAGGAGACGAGAAUGCUCCUCACUAGUCGCUUUGAAAGUCGCACGAUUUGCUACCCCAAGUACUUACUUGGGGACCCCUCCUUUGUCUACAACUUGAUCAGCUUUCAAUUCGGGCCCAAUGUGGAUGACUGGAAUAUAUUGUGGAACGAGCCUACGGAUGAGUUCGCUGGCGACUUCUGGAAUCUGAUUGAGGGGCCAAUUAUUCAUAUUCCGGGAGCAUGGUAUGAUAGUGACAUAGAAGCAGAAUGACCAAGCCUCACCAAGGCAAGGUCCUGUGAGCAUCGCGGUGCUUCAACUUAAUGAUUUCGAUACUGUGGACAGAAACCCUAACGACGGAGCCUCGGUAUGAUAUAUCAGGGUUAGGGGGUUUGCUCCUCCUUUGAGUUACUUAGGGGGAUGAGAAAUACCUGCAUCAAAUAAAAAGUGGCAAGGGUUAGGAAAGCGUCUAAAGAAGUCGAAACUGUUGUAUUAAGGUAAAUCUUCUCUUAGCAUAAUUUUCAGGGGAAGUUAAACCUGUGCCUCCACUUCCACACACCGACGUCUAAGUCUGCUAACUGCCUCAGCGUGAAGCCUGCUGUGACGAUACUUAUUAUCACAAUGGCCAUCAUUAGGGGUUCUUGAGGUCGAAUAUCCUGGCGGUGUGUCAUAGCUCUGAUGAGGUUCUUUCAAUAAAAGGCAGCAACGUUUAGUCGACGCGUAUAUAAAACUUCGUCAUUGCUUAACACGCUCAAGUUGACAUGAACCCCUAUUUAGUCCCCCCUAAGCCCUCUCGCCCCUUUGAGUAACUCAUCUACGAGACUCCUAUGCAGAUAUGAUGGAGAACAUGGGUGAAUAAUCUAGGACUCAACUCAUCUUAAAAUAUAAAGUUAGAUAAG